CACCACUCCAUUCUCUGCUAUAUGAUGAACUACGUAUUGACCAGUCAGGCCACCAUGACAAGUGCUCAAACCUUUCUACCGCGAAAUUGAAACUACCGUAUCAUCUGACCUGUCGUGAACGCAAUCAUGACCUCAUCCCAACUACACCUCUGAACCCGUAGCAUAUAAGGGCCAUGAGUUCCAAACCAACCAUUUCGAAAAGCAAAUCAGUCGUCAACUGAACAUCAAAUCAACAUCAUCACAAUGACUUCCAACUACAAUCUCAGAAGGGCCGCCAACCCAGCCCAAGACCAGGCGGGAGAAACGGCCGGCGAGCCCGACUUGCAGUCUCAGUCGCAGACCAACCCCGAGGUCCAGUCGCAAACAAACCAGCAGAAGAGCCAGCAGAGUAGCUUCCAGAGCUCGGAAUCCUCUAAGCAAACCUCCAGUAACGAUGUCAAAUGGGGCAAUCAGCCUGGAGACUUCAGUGCCUCGGAGACAAAUCCAAAGCCACCUGGAUCGUAUCAUUUCACCAGUGACCAGCUGUCUCAUCCGCAGGAGUAAUGGUGCUUUAUGUCUGAUGGGGUUCGACUCGAGUAAGCUGCGGUAGUGUAACAUGAUGCGCAAAAGUGUAUACGUAUAUGAACAUCUGUAUUGAAGAAUGCUGAACGUGAGAUUUUGAAACGAGAAU